AUGCUCUCCACCAUCUCGAUCACACUCGUGCUUCAAGUCUCCUCCGGCUCCGAGUCCUCCACCACCAACACCACCAACACCAUGCUCAACCUCGCCUCCGUCCUCUUCCUCUUUCAUUUUAGGCCCCCCUCCAUACUUUUCGCACUCUGCGCUGAGACACCUGCUCCUCCCUCCUGUCCGUCCCACUCAACUCCACGGCCACCUCCCGUAUCCUCUCUACCCACGGAUCCACCCACCUCCUCUUCAACACCACGCCUCCCUGACCCACGCCUCUCUCACCCCCGGCGCGCUCUUCACGUAUGUGAUGCGCAAGCCGAUAGCCCUCCAACGUGUAUUCACGUGUUUUGA